AUGCCUGCUGCCUCCUCGGUGCUCAAACCACUGCGCCACAGUACCUCGCACCGGGAACCGAGUGGGGCUACCGAGACAUCACACGGCCGACCUGCCAUCGUGGUCAACCAGGGUCAGCAAACGGAGUUGCCAUGCGAGACACGCAACCCAACCUUCAACAGCACACAACAUGCUCUACGGGUCGAGUGGUUUCACCUGGGACCACAUAGGAGAGCCCAGCACACCCAGUCGUACUCUUCGGGCGCUGCCUCUGGCAGUGCUUCUAGCCACCCUAUCUACACGGUGGACUUCGGGUCCCCCAAGGAUUCCGCCGGAAAACCCGCCACUGGAACUAGAGCUAAUCUACUGCAGGUGGUCCGCUGGGCACGUCCCGAGUGGCAGGGCAGGGCCUACUUCCACAUGGUGGGCUACCCGUUCUCGCUGAAGGUGACGGGACUGCGGUACGAGGACACCGGCGAGUACGUCUGUGUCGUCACUUUCCGGGACGGCACCGGCCGCAACGCCAGCGUGCGCCUACAGGUCGUCGUGCCACCGGAGCUGCCCGUGAUCGUGGAUGAAUCGGGGCGCAGCCUGCACGGCACCGUGGGACCUUACGACGAGGGAUCUCGCCUCACACUCCUCUGCCGGGUCAAAGGAGGAAAGCCUUCUCCAGUGCUCACGUGGAAGCGAAACGGCAGCUACUUCCCAACCAAGACGUUGACUUCAGUCGCGGGAGACGUAAAGCAGUCCAAACUGACACUGUCGUCCCUGCAGAGGAAUGACCUCAUGGCCACGUACACGUGCGUCUCCUCCAACAACGUGUCCACUCCCAUGGAGGUCUCCGUCACACUGGAACUUAACCUGGCGCCAACCUCAGUGCAGAUCCGCAAGAGCGAGGCUCCCAUCUCGUCGGGCCUCACAGCCGAGAUCCUGUGCGAGGUUUGGGGCUCGCGGCCGCCGCCGGAGAUCACCUGGUGGAAGAGCAGCGAGCAGCUGAACCAGACCUUCGUGCACGUGUCGCAAGACGGGAAUUUGACCACCAGCGUGGUGGCGUUCUCGCCUCAACGCUCCGACAACGGCCAGAUGCUGGUGUGCCGCGCGCAGAACCCGCGCUUGAGGAACAGUGCACGCGAGGACCAGUGGGAACUCAGCGUGCAUUACAAACCGAGAGUGCAGCUCCGCCUCGGUCACCAGAUGUCGUUCGACAACAUCCGUGAAAGGACGGACGUAACCUUUCAGUGUGUGAUCGACGCCAACCCUGCGGUCGAAGAGGUGCAGUGGAUGUUCAACGGCCGAGAGUUGCGGCCCGCUCCCACGGCCGCGGAGAUGCUCGGCGGGAAGCGACCCACGCGCAACAACCUCGUCAUUCGCAACAUCGGCACGAGCCACUCGGGAAACUACUCCUGCCUGGGAGCCAACUCCGAAGGCGUGGGUUCAAGCCCUGAGGUCAACGUACACGUCAAACACUCUCCGGUGUGCCGAUCCCACCAGCGCGUGGUGUACACGGCGGCACGCGCCGAGGAAGUGGACGUGUCCUGCGAGGUGGAGGCCCACCCGGCGGCUGUCACUUUCCUCUGGCUCUUCAACUCGAGCCUGCAGAGCCACCAGCUAGAUUCGGUUCACUGGAACGGCACCCAGAGCACGGCGCGCUACGCGGCGCAUUCCACCGACGAUUAUGGUACGCUGUUGUGCUGGGCCCGCAACGAGGUGGGACGCCAGGAGCAGCCCUGCGUCUUUCUCGUCGUGCCCCAGGUGCGACAAAAGGACGGUGAAAGUUUCAAUGACUGGCUGACAGACCUCAGAGUGCUAGCAAAAAGCUGCGAGUUUGGGCAGCUUGAAGAGCGUAUGCUGAGAAGCCGUAUUAUUCUCGGAAUUAGAGAUAAAAAGCUGCAAGAAAAGCUAAUCUCCGAAAAUGCUUCUUUCACGAAGACCGUAGAAAUGUGUCGCUCUCGUGAACAUGGCAAAGAACAGUGUGAAGAGAUACAGGCGCGCCCGAAAAGCGAUUACGCAGCCGAGAUGAACGCGCUAUCUGAAGCGAAAGGUCAGCGUUGUACAAAGUGCGCAAAGGUUCAUCAGACCGACCGUGUGUGCCCAGCAAAGGGACGCACGUGCAGGAAAUGCGGUGGCAGAAAUCACUUUGCGAUAGCCUGCAAGAAGAUGCAAAAAAGAUUUCAUUCGAAAGAGCACGCAGUAGCAUCUGUCGAUGCAGAAGAAGGCGAUUUCUGGUUAGAAACGCUAUCGCAUGCCCGUGGGAAAGACGACCGCUGGACGGCUACCGUUGAGAUAGAAGGAAAGCCUAUUUUUUGCAAGUUAGACACAGGCGCAACAUGCUCGGUUAUAGCACGCAGCCAGCUGCAGAAAAUAACAAACAAGCAGCCACUUGAUUGCAACGUUGUUUUAAACACAUUUUUUGGCUUCCAGAAAAAAGCGACGAAACAAGUUCGUCUUGAAGUGGCAACGAGAGAAAGCAAGAUUCUGACAGAGUUUUUCGUCGUGGAUGACGAAAUCGCCGUGACCUUGAGCGGUACAGUUGCCGAAGAGCUUGGCUUGCUCCAACGUGUCUGCUCUGUCGACCAACUAGAGCUUUACGGCACUGCCAAGCCUUACGAAGACGUGUUUGAAGGUCUGGGUCAACUGGAGGGUAUUGUCUACCAUCUAAAGCUCAAGCCCGGGUCCCAGGGAGUAGUGAAACCAGCACGGCGGAUUCCAAUAGCAUUGCAAAGCAAGGUGAAAGCUGAGCUCGACCGCAUGGAGACUGCUGGAGUCAUCGUGAAAGUGACCGAGCCGACAGAGUGGGCCAGCAACAUGGUCGUUGUUACAAAAGGAGAGAAGGAGUCCGUCCGGUACUUGGGACACAUUUUGACGCGCGACGGCCUGAGCCUGGAUCCACAGCGGCUAGAAGACAUCUUGCAAGUCCAGACGCCAAGCAACCAGAAAGAGCUGCAGACGUUCCUGGGCAUGGUUUCAGACAGACGGCUGAGCCAAGUUCUACAAGAGACCGACCAGGACCCUGUGAUGGUGAAACUUCGACAGUACGCAAGCAGUCAGUGGCCGGAGAGCAAAGCUGACGUCAGCAGCGAGCUACGAUGCUACUGGAGCUUCCGCGACGAGCUGCAUACGCAAGAUGGCCUAGUAUUCAGGAGCAACCGCCUCAUCAUUCCGGCCAAGAUGCGCAGCGAAGUUCUUGCCUGCCUUCAUGCAGCGCAUGGGGGAGCAGAAAAAAUGAAAGCACGUGCUCGAGCUGUACUUUUUUGGCCUUCUAUAAACAGCGAUCUAGAGGAAGUUGCUCGACGCUGUGAGACCUGCCAAAAGCACAAGCCACGAAAUCUGCGCUUGCCAUUGAUGAACCAUGAAAUUCCUAGCCUACCCUGGGAAGUUGUGGGAGCCGACAUAUGCUAUCACAAUGCUACCGAGUACUUGGUGGUUGUUGACUUUUAUUCUUUCUUUUUCGAAAUCAGGCCCGUGAAGACGACAGCCGACAAGGUGAUUGCUGCCUUCGCAGACAUAUUCGCCACUCAUGGCUUCCCGCAGCGCCUAUGCACGGACAAUGGACCGCCAUUCAGCAGCCAGGACUUUCGUGAAUUUGUCGGUAAGAUUAGCUUGCACCAUGUUCGCUCCAGCCCCUAUCACCCUCGAUCAAACGGAAUGGCUGAACGUGCGGUGCAAGAAGCCAAAAAAUUGCUGAAGAGGUAUCGGUACGGCACAGUGGAUUUUUGUGCUGCAUUGCUUGAAUGGAGAAACACUCCUCGCGAUUCCUAUUUGAAAUCUCCAAUGCAGAGACUCAUGGGCCGAAAUGCGAGGACGCUGCUGCCAGUCACGGAAACCCACCUGCGACCGCAGACCAUACCGCCAGAGGAGGUUCAACGGCGGCUCCACGUCAUCAGAAGUAGACAACGUUCCUACUACAACAGGGGUACAAGGCCGCUACCAGGACUUCCUGAGGGCUCCCGCGUCACAGUGUACAACGUACCAUCAAAGACCUGGUCCCCUGCUACGGUUAUCAAGCCUGCCAACAGUCCGAGAGCCUACAUUGUUGAGACCGAAGAUGGACUCCAGUUGCAGCGCACCAGAGAACAUCUCCGUCUGGCCCCCACUCCACUGGUGCCCCCCACACAAGAACAUCAAGCUGACGUGGGCCCCGCCGAGCCACAACUACGCAGAAGCGAACGCAAUCGCCGGCCACCGCAAAGAUACCCCAUGCCGGAACUUUAGUCUUUUUGUUUGUUUAAGAAGGGAGAUGUGACAGUCAUGCACACGUGCGCCAGAUUGGGGGCAACGCCCCUCGGCAUAGAAUGUAUAUA